AUGAAGAAACCUCAGUUGGUGAGUGGGCCCCGGUUUAAGUCUUCCCUGACACAAUCCUGCCCGAUCACAGUGGAGACAUUCACCCCUACGCCUUGGUGCUUAGAUUGGCGGCUACAGACCAUCUUCUGGUCCUUACUGCAAUCUCAGCCUCAAAUCCCUUUCAGGACUGAAGUCCUCCAUACCCCAGGUGGGAGUCAGCUCCUGCGAGAUUGGGCUGACGUACAGAGUGGCCAGGGCCCCGACGCCACGAUGAAGCCCAUUGUCCUACUGCUGCCUGGUGUCACCAGCAGCCAGGACUCCUACAUCCUGCCCUGCACCCAGCAGGCUAAGGAAUGGCUACAGGGAGCUGUGACUGUGGUGUUUAAUAACCGAGGCUGCUGUGGGGAAGAACUGACCCACAGGGCCCUUUGUGCCAGCAACACUGAUGACCUGGAGACUGUUGUGGGCCACCUAGAGCACCGCUACUCCCAAGCCCCAGUGGGCAUAGGCGUCGCCCUUGGAGGGAUGCUGGUGCUGAACCUGCUGGCACAACAAGGACAGAACCAAGCUGGUGGCCGCACCGACAGUUCCUCUUCCUUUGUGGCCCUGCUCAUCACGGUCCAGGGUGGCCACUUGGGCUUCCUGGACCGGCUACUGCCCUGGCGGCCCUGCUACCUGGCCCGCCUCUCCCGUCGAUCCACAGGUGACUGCCAGUGCCGCUGCACCUGA